AUGAGGAGCUCCGCGGCUGUAGUCCGGGCGGCACUGCUCGUCCUUGGCGCGCUGCUACUCCCUGCCCACCAUGUGAUGGCCGACUACUCGGCCGUGGCACCGACGCCCCCGCCGCCUAAGCCGGCCAGUGCCAUUUCCAAGCCCCCGUUGCCAGCCAAUGACACCAACAUGUCGCCGUCCCCGUCGCCGCCUGUCCAGCCGGUGCCACCUUUCGUGGUCGUGCAGGGCGUGAUCUACUGCAAGUCAUGCAAAUCCAGGGGCUACAACCGCGGCAUGGACGCCUCACCGAUCCAAGGUGCAACGGUGAAUCUGGUGUGCUACGGGAAGAAGGUGGUGAACGUGACGGCGACGGUGUCGGACGAGCGCGGCUACUUCCUGGUGAUGUUCUACGACCUGGCCAACUUCAACGCGCGCAACUGCAAGCUGUACCUGGGCACGUCGCCGACGCCGCUCUGCGACAAGCCCGUCUACCCGCCGAACAAGUGGAUCGGGCUCUCGCUCGUCAAAGAGACCGUCACCUCGCCGCCGGCGGGGCUGCAGGGCGUCUACUGCCCCACCAGCGUCCUCUUCUACGGCCCCUCCGCCGGACAGCAUUGCCCAUUUUAUUGA